AGUCUUAUUCAUGCCUCGACACCGUAUGGUAUGAUCUGACAUACUAAAAUGACAGCUUGAUAAACUACAAACAGAAAACAAUAUGUUACUGCCACUUCAAUGGUUCCUCCGCUUCCAACAUGGCGGCAUCGCUAACCAAUUCUUCAUGGCUCUCAUGGUCACCAUCCCCGUUCUGAACUUCGGAAUGUUAAUGGGAUGGCAGUCUCCAAUGACGCCGAUCCUGCAAGCCGAAGACGGACCAGCGCCGGAACCAAUAACUGAUGAAACCAUAUCCUGGAUGGCUUCCGUGACGUUCUUUCCACCAAUAUUCUGUGGUUUCCUGGUGGGAGACCUUGCAGAUAGGUGGGGCAGGAAGACUACAACUAUGCUGACUUCUUUGAUGCUUGUGAUCAGCUGGUCUAUCACCCUGUUCUCCCUCCGACCUUGGGCGUUGAUCGCUUCAAGAGCUGUCGCAGGACUCGCCUGCGCGGGAUGCUACGUCGUCACUCCAUUGUACUUAAAAGAAAUAGCAUCAGACAAAAUACGUGGUGCAUUAGGAUCUCUCUUCAUACUGUCACAAAACCUCGGCUACUUGGUGGUCUACGUCGCUGGAGAUGAGUUUUCUUUCACAGCUGUCAUGUGGCUUUGUACAGUUAUACCGGUUCUACACAUAUUUGCCUUCCUGGCUAUGCCUGAAACACCUGUAUUCUUAAUCAAGCAAGGAAAAUACAAGGAGGCUCGAGUAGCGCUGGCGUGGCUUCGUUAUACUUCCGUUGAUGAUAAAAACCUUGAAGACGAAGUCCAACAGAUGGAGAGAGAGGAGGAGUACGCUAAGUCCAUGAAGAAAGCCUCGUGGAAAAGCAUUGUGCGAGACAAAACAACAUUCAGUGCGUUCAGAAUUGCGGUGAACGUGAUGCUAUCACAAGAAACUUGUGGCUACCUCGUGGUGCUCAUGUACGCUGGGUCUAUAUUCGAGCAAGCGGCCGAGUCCAUUAGUCUUAAACUCAGUCCCAACAAACAGACAAUAGUCGUUGGAGUGAUACAGCUGCUCGGUUCUAUUGUGGCGAGCUGUAUCGUUGAGAAGACUGGGAGGAAGUGGUUGCUGGUUGUGACGUCAUUCGCAACGGGUCUAUCAAUGCUGGCUCUUGGAAGCUGGUUCUACAUCACUUCUUUCUCAAUCUGGUUGCCCGGCUGGUUGCCAGUGGUAGCUAUGUGUCUGUGUAUUUUCGCGAAUGCUUCUGGCUACCAACCGGUGCCAUAUGUUAUAGUAUCGGAACUAUUUUCUUUUCAACAUCGCGGUAUGGUGACAUCCUUCGUCAGCAGUAUCGACGCUCUCAGCGAUUUCCUUCAAACAAAAGCCUACGAUCCUCUGUUAAAACUUUUUGGCAUACAUUGGGUAUUCAUAAUUUUCUCUAUGGUAUGCUUCUUAGGUACGUUUUACACUGUACUAUACGUACCAGAGACUAAAGACAGAAACUUAGACGAGAUAUACGCCAUUCUGGACGGAAGACAAAAAAAGAAAACGAAUGACGCAGAAUGUGGGGAAGAGAUGAGCAGAUUGUGAAGCCAAGACGAUAUAUAUGGAUUAAAAAUUUUAACGAAAUCUUUUAUUCCUUUUACUUAAACAAAUAAUACGGCAGCUCAAUUUUUAUGUCCAAUCUUUGACUUGAAUAAAUCUUAAAAAUUAAAA